UGAACACGUCUUGAUCCAGAUUGACACGUGUUUGGCUUUUGGCGCCACGUGCCAAUGUACUUGAAGCCUGUUAAAUUGUGUCCGUGUAAGAAUUAUGGAAGAUGGAGAAAAACGAUCAUGUCGCAGAGUUGUGUUAUGUCUUUGGUCACAGCUAAUUUUACGAGGUAUUUCUUCUUAUGCUCAUACAAGUCUAAACAAUGUUCCACACGGUUAAUAGCAGCAUCAAAAUCGGUUAAACCGGUCAGAGGAUUCAUGUCGUUGACCUACUCCCUUCCUCGGUUUGAUAUCGUUGGCCAAACCGGUCCACCUGAAAUUCAAUAUCCUGGUGGUUCUCCCUCGGAGGAAGAGUUACCUUCACGGCCGAGUAGAGGACCAGAGUGGGCCCCGUUAGAAGUCCCAGAACUUCCUAAUAUACCGGAGAUAAACCCGUCGGAAACUCCUCCAGAAGUCACCACAGUUCCUAGCGAUCCACCUCCGGUUGGACCGCCGCAAAGUCCUGGCCCAGAGUUUCCGGUCCCACCGCUCCCGUCUCCACCGAUUCCAGAUACGCCAAAUCCUCCGGCUCCGGAAAGACCUCCUGAUGUGGUGCCUCCAAACUGGGAACCUCCUCGUCCACCAGAGAUUCCCCCGCCAGGAAUAGACCCUCCACCGCCAAUGGGCCCCACCAUCAUAUAGCAAACAUGCAUAAAACUCUUCUCUGCUUAAUGCAGUCUUGUUGAAGUUAGUUUUUCUUUAGUUUACAGUUAUGUUUUGAGAAGUUAACAGAUCAAACGCAAUCAUAAGUGUUUUCUUCUUUUAAA